AUGAAGGAACGAGACGCGCUGAAGCAGACUUCUACGAGCGGCAGUAGUCCAACGUAUGGCGAGAUUACUGCGGAGGGGCUUCACACCUUGUUUGCAAACGUCGGCAAACUCGACGGCAGCGACGUUUUCUACGACUUAGGGUCCGGCGUUGGGCGCGCAGUGAUGCGGACGUAUUUGAAUUACAAUGUCAAAAAAGCGGUUGGCAUCGAGUACAGUAAGACACGCCACGAGCGAGCGCUGGAAGGGGGUGAGACUCUGUUGGCGCAUUUGCGAAACGACACAACUUUGUCAGGGGCGACCUUGAGCCGACUCCUGGAUGGGACAAAAAGCUUCGAAUUUCGGCAUGCAGACUUUCUGCAGACGAACCUCUCUGACGCGACGUUGAUUUAUACCUGUAGCGCGUGUUUUUCGCCCGAGCUCCUUGACAUGCUGCACACCAAAGUGGUGAAAGAGUGUCCGAAGCUGCGAUAUCUGAUUUCGGUGCGGAGGCUCUCCCUACAUACGGUUUCGAAAAAGCCGCCUCCUGGCCUGGAAGACAGUCGCAAGCUGCUCGUAGAAAAGUUUGUGGACGACGCUAAGUUUUCCUGGUCUGAUCACAGCUACCUGAGAUUUUACGCGUUUGAGGAGAGAAACGCGACAAGGGUAGAUGCUCCCCCAGUAGCCAAGUCUCUUCCAGUUGGCAUUGAGCGCGGGCUUUUGAAUGAAGACGAUUUCGCUUCGUAAAUGGCGCGCGCAGUAUUUCGCUCUGGUUUUUUGAGACGCGCUGCAGAAAUCGAUCACCGUGAAAACUACCGGAUCACUCGUGAAAUUCUUCUGUUCAGGCAGCCACGGGCAAGCCACCAAGUGCUUUUUUCGAUGUCAAAAGAUCUACCUUGUGCGACGUGU